AUGGAGGAGCUGACGGCGUUUGUCUCCAAGUCGUUUGAUCCCAAAGCGAAGGAGAAGAAGGAGCUCAUCACCUACCGAGAGGUGCUGGAGAGCGGGCCCUUGCGCGGCGGCGGCGGAGGACCGCGGGAGAGCGGUGGAACCGCGGCAGAACCGGGCCGCGACGAAGCGGGCAGCCCCGCGGCGCGGGCGGGCGGCGGGCGGUCCCCGCCGCGGGAGCCCGACGCCGGCGCCGCCGCCGAGAGAGCCGCCGAGGCGGCCACCCCCAAGCUCAGCGACGUCUCCCCAGAGCUGAAGGAGCGCAAGGAGGAUGCGAAGGCGAUGGAAGAGGAAGGGCAGACGAAAAUCAAGCAGAGGAGGAGCCGGACGAAUUUCACCCUGGAGCAGCUGAACGAGCUGGAAAGGCUUUUUGACGAGACCCACUAUCCGGACGCCUUCAUGCGGGAGGAGCUGAGCCAGAGGCUGGGGCUCUCCGAGGCCAGGGUGCAGGUCUGGUUCCAAAAUCGCAGAGCCAAAUGCCGAAAGCAAGAAAACCAACUCCACAAAGGGGUGCUGAUCGGUGCCGCCAGUCAGUUCGAAGCCUGCCGGGUGGCCCCUUACGUGAACGUGGGCGCUCUGCGGAUGCCGUUCCAGCAGGCAAGUCGCGCCGCCCGUCUCCUCCUCCCCCGGCAGGUUCAGGCGCAGCUGCAGCUGGACAGCGCCGUGGCCCACGCGCACCACCACCUCCACCCGCACCUGGCCCACGCACCGUACAUGAUGUUCCCCGCUCCCCCCUUCGGGCUACCGCUGGCCACCCUGGCCGAGUCCGCCUCCGCCGCCUCCGUGGUGGCCGCCGCCGCCGCCGCCAAGACCACCAGCAAGAACUCAAGCAUCGCCGACCUGCGCCUCAAGGCCAAGAAACACGCCGCUGCCCUGGGGCUGUGA